AUGUCCGUCCCAGCUCUCAAAGACUUCAUGGCUACAGCGCCUGUAGCCAAGCCUCCCCAAAUCCCGGAUCCCUCGGGAAGCACUCCGCUGACACAUCACGAAUGGCGAACGGCGAGUAACAGCGCAACACAUCUCCUACCAGCGCUCCACGCUCUCCGAGAUGCCCGUCCCGAUGUCAAGCUUCUCGAUGUCGGCUGUGGCUCCGGUUCUAUCACCGCGACUCUAGCAGCAGAGAUACCCCAGGGUAUUGUCACGGGAGUAGAUAAGGACCCCGAGAUACUCAAAAGGGCAGAGCUAGUAGCUCGUUCUUGGGAAGCGAAGAACGUGACCUUCCAGGCCGGCGACGCGUCAAAACUACCUUUCCCGGAUGACAGUUUCGAUAUUGUCCAUUGCCAUCAGGUGCUCACUUGGCAAAAGGAACCCUGGGUUGCCUUGGCCGAGAUGCUUCGAGUCACGAAGCCAGGCGGCAUCGUCUCAGCGCGUGAGGGCGAUUUUAGGACCGAGGCCGUGUGGCCCGAGACGGAGGGUCUAAAGAAGUUCCAUGACUUCACAGAGAAAUUAAUGAAAGCCUCUGGAGGGCAUUCUGACGGCGGGAGGCAGUUGCUCGGGUGGGCAUUGAAGGCUGGGGCGAGGAGGGAGGAUACGAGAGUAACGUGGGGAUCCUGGGGCUAUAGCAGCACCGAGGAAAAGAAAGCCUGGUCGGAUGGAAUGAUCGGGAUGCUCCAAGGGGGCAGGCUUCGGGAUAUGGCCCUCAAAAUGAGAUUAGCAACUGAGGGCGAUCUUGAUAUUAUGAUUAAGGCUUGGAAUGAAUGGUUGCAGAGUGAGGAGGCAACUCUCUCUAUGAUGUCUGGAGAGAUUCUCAUUCAGAAGUAG